ACUUGCACAGCUCCAACCACUGGCUGCGGCGGCGGCAGCGGCGGUGGCGGCAGCACGGCAGCGGUGAGGCUCGCACACCAGAGGAGCUGGACCGUGUAAAGCCUGCGGGCUCCCAAGUUCGAAGCCUGCCUUGCUGCUGAGGUCAGUCCUUCCGGCCCGAGGAGUCAGGAAAUCCUGGAUAUAGCUCCGCGGGCUGAGCUGAGCAUCCAGGGGGCGCAGAGCACCACGACCCAGCCACACCCUCUGCCUCAGGUACAGGAUGGAGACGUCUGCCCAGAGGCUGGCUUCUAACAGGACAUCCCCACAGUCACCGACGAACUCUGACUACACUUGGGAAUACGAGUACUAUGAGAUCGGACCAGUUUCCUUCGAGGGACUGAAGGCUCAUAAAUAUUCCAUUGUGAUUGGAUUCUGGGUUGGUCUUGCGGUCUUUGUGAUCUUCAUGUUUUUUGUGCUGACUUUGCUGACAAAGACGGGUGCCCCGCACCAAGACAAUGCAGAGUCCUCAGAGAAGAGGUUCCGAAUGAACAGCUUUGUGUCAGACUUUGGGAAGCCCCUGGAGUCAGACAAGGUGUUUUCUCGUCAGGGCAAUGAGGAGUCCAGGUCUCUGUUCCACUGUUACAUCAAUGAAGUCGAACACUUGGACAGGGUUAAAGUUUGCCACCAAACAACAGCCAUCGACAGUGAUGUCCAUCUCCAGGAAGCCAUCAGAAGCGGUGGGAGGCCGACAGAGGAGCUAACCAGGUUUAUGAAUUUUGAUAUCCCCAACUUCGUGAACACAGACCAGAACUCCUUUGGGGAGGAUGACCUUCUGAUUUCGGAACCACCUGUUCUUCUAGAAAAUAAGCCAGUUUCCCAGACGUCACGCAUAGACCUGGACUGAGGGACACUUGUUGGGUGCCUUCCUGAGGAUGUGUUCUGUCUCUGUACAGCAAGAAACCACAUGCUACCUGUGUGUGUGUGUGUGUGUGUGUGUGUGUGUGUAUAGAGAGAGUGAGGGGGAAGAUGAGGGGGGAGAGGAUGACACUUAAAGUUUAAGGCCUAGACUAGGACUGGGAUGUAGUGAUAGAGGGGCAGAAUUUGGAGAUGGAAGGCACCAUCUUGGUUUUGAGGGGAUGAAUUUUUUCUUUUUGUAUUAAAAAUGCAUUGACAGUAUUAAGGCUUCUUUAUUGAAACAAUUAGCCACAUAUGCCAUUGAGCCCCUCCUGGGUGAGGGUUAGGUCACUGCAGUCUGAUCUAGCCCUUUCCAUCAUUCUCUGCCUGUAACAAGCUGCUUUGCCUCUCUGGACUGCCGUGGUUUUACAGGUAAGGUGGCCUGUCCGGAGUCAGUGACCUGUCCCAGCUCUAGAAUUUUGCGGCUUUCAGACUUAGCAUCUAAGACAAGCUAAGAAACACAAGCGGUAGAUAAUAGAACACCACAUCCUGGAUUUCAUGGCAGGCUCUCCAGGUCUUGGAACCCUCCCUUUGCUCAGCCCUUCACUGAGUCACCCUUUAGUUAGGGAAACCUUCACCAGGAGACUCACACGCACUCUGGACAGUGCUUCUGCUGAGUUACGCUGCAGCAGUUUAUGUGAAGAA